GAGUCAGGCGUAGUCCUUUAAAAAGUCAGCUGACAAGAGCUGUAGACCUGGGUAGAAAUAAAAAAAAAAUUGAGAGGAUUUUCCUUUUCAAAAUAUUUCAAUAAUAAAAUGGGGUUGAAAGCUGUUUUAGGUUACACUUUCUUCGGAUUGUCGACCUUCGUCGUAAUAGUACUGACUUUGUACUAUGUGUUGACGGGGAAAGGAGAACAGAUUUCCAUUGGAUGGUUCCUUGAAGAAACUUCGCCGUUUAUGUGGGGCACUAUUGGUAUCGGAAUGGCUGUAGCAUUAUCGGUUGUUGGAGCUGCUGGAGGAAUUCAUACAACUGGUGUUAGUAUCGUUGGUGGAGGUGUAAAAGCACCACGAAUCAAGACAAAGAAUUUAAUUUCAGUCAUUUUCUGUGAAGCUGUCGCUAUUUAUGGUUUAAUUAUGGCAAUUGUUUUAUCUGGAAUUUUAGAUAAUUUCACAUUAGAGCACAUGGAAAAUAAUCCUCAACUCAAAGGUGGUAACUGGAUGGCUGGAUAUAUCUUAUUCGGUGCUGGACUUAGUGUUGGCUUGGUAAACUUGUUCUGUGGAUUAUGCGUUGGUUGCGUAGGAUCUGGUGCAGCUUUAGCUGAUGCAGCAAAUUCAUCAUUGUUCGUGAAAAUUUUAAUUAUUGAAAUUUUCGGUAGUGCUAUUGGUCUUUUUGGAUUAAUUGUUGGCAUUUAUAUGACUUCCAAAGCAUCUAUGAAAGAUAAAGAAUAAAAAUAGAAAAUUUUAAGCACAAAAUAUUUUUUAGUUACUAAGUGAAAAAAAAACCCAUUUCAUGAAUUUUCAUUUUAACUCAGAUAUAUUUUUAAAUGUGUACAGUGUGUUAUAUAAAAUAUUGCGACGUUUCGUGAAGUUCACAAAUAUUAACGCUUCAAAUCAUGUAAUUUUUAAUGCCCCUCCAUUGAAGAUCAUUUGUUUUCCAAUUUUUCUUUUAUUAAAUUUUUUUUUUGGUACAUUAUUGUGAACUUUUAAAAUUGAAAUCGGGCGCAUUUCUUGUAGAUUUUAUUUAGAUUUCUAAUUUUUCUUUUCUGAAAUGUAUCAUCCUAACUUAGUUGUAUCAUCUACAGUAGGCUCAAGCGCGGUAGUUCCAAAAGUGGAGAGUGAUUUAAAAGUUAUUAUACAUUUUAUGCUUAAACCAAUUUUAUUGUGCAAUAUGCUAUUUUGAUUUCCUCGUUCGGUUUUCGCAGCUCAAAUUUUAAGAGCGUUGAAGACUCAAAAUUUUAGUUAAUUAGUAUCCUAAAUUUGCAAAUGUAUAGUGACUUUACAAUCACUCUAUUAAUGUUAUAAAUUAAAAACUCCCGUUUAUUUUCAUAUAAUCGUCAUCGCACAUAUUCGAAUCGUAGAUGAAAGUAAUAUAUUUUCAAAUUUACCGCGCUACUGCGCUGUUGGGUAAUGUAGUACUUCACAGUUUUCAAAACAACCUAAAAAAACAUAGGCGAAGCAAGCAGAAUGUAAUCAUCAAAAUGGUUGGAUCUAGCUGAACUGAACGCUCGGCAGCGCUCAGUUAAUGACGGCAUUCCGUAUAUGGAUAACCGAUUUUUUCUUUAAAGGUGGUACCGAUACUAAUUGGACACUACCGAGCGUUUAGUUCGACUGGUCGCAGCCAAUAAUAUCGAUUUCAUAUUCAAUAUGAGCUUUCCUCCACUGAAUUUUCUCGCAACUAUCAAUUCUGAAUUAGUUUUUGAAUUUGUAUUUUAUCUGAGCAAGUUUUUUAUCUUACUCAAAUCUUAAAUAUACUUCACGAGUAGUUAAGAAUUGGUAGUUGCAAAAUCACCGUUGAAUAGUGCUGCCGCCUAUGAAUAAAAGUAUUAAUUUAUACAUAAUUGUAAUGUAAAAAUAAAUAAAAAAACAUUGUUUAUAAUUUAUGCGAUAGAAAUUAAGUAGUUUGUACAUGGUUAUUGGAAUUUUGUUGUAAAUACUUUUAUCUUCU